UAGCGCCAUCUGCUCGCGGCGCCGCCUCCUGCUCCUCCCGCCGCCGCCCUGAGUCACUGCCUGCGCAGCUCGGGCCGCCCGGCUCCCCGCGCUUGCCACCGGAGAGCUGAGCUGGAAAACGAAAUCUGUCAUUUUUGAAAAUAUUUGGCAUUUGUGCAACAUGGCAGACAUCGACAACAAAGAACAGGCUGAACUUGAUCAAGAUUUGGAUGAUGUUGAAGAAGUAGAAGAAGAAGAGACUGGUGAAGAAACAAAAAUCAAAGCACGUCAGCUGACUGUUCAGAUGAUGCAAAAUCCUCAGAUUCUUGCAGCCCUUCAAGAAAGACUUGAUGGUCUGGUAGAAACACCAACAGGAUACAUUGAAAGCUUGCCUAGGGUAGUUAAAAGACGAGUGAAUGCUCUUAAAAACCUUCAAGUUAAAUGUGCACAGAUAGAAGCCAAAUUCUAUGAGGAAGUUCAUGAUCUUGAAAGAAAGUAUGCUGUUCUUUAUCAGCCUCUGUUUGAUAAGCGAUUUGAGAUCAUUAAUGCCAUUUAUGAACCUACAGAAGAAGAAUGUGAAUGGAAACCAGAUGAGGAAGAUGAAAUUUCGGAGGAGCUAAAAGAAAAGGCCAAGAUUGAAGAUGAGAAAAAGGAUGAAGAAAAAGAAGAUCCCAAGGGAAUUCCUGAGUUUUGGUUGACUGUUUUUAAGAAUGUUGACUUGCUCAGUGAUAUGGUUCAGGAACAUGAUGAACCUAUUCUGAAGCACUUGAAAGAUAUUAAAGUGAAGUUCUCAGAUGCUGGUCAACCUAUGAGUUUUGUCUUAGAAUUUCACUUUGAACCCAAUGAAUAUUUCACAAAUGAAGUGUUGACAAAGACAUAUAGGAUGAGGUCAGAACCAGAUGAUGCUGAUCCCUUUUCUUUUGACGGACCAGAAAUUAUGGGUUGUACAGGGUGCCAGAUAGAUUGGAAAAAAGGGAAGAAUGUCACUUUGAAAACGAUUAAGAAGAAGCAGAAACACAAGGGGCGUGGGACAGUUCGCACUGUGACCAAGACAGUCUCUAAUGACUCUUUCUUUAACUUUUUUGCCCCUCCUGAAGUUCCUGAGAGUGGAGAUCUGGAUGAUGAUUCCGAAGCCAUCCUUGCUGCAGACUUUGAAAUUGGUCACUUUUUACGUGAGCGUACAAUCCCAAGAUCAGUGUUAUACUUCACUGGAGAAGCUAUUGAAGAUGAUGACGAUGAUUAUGAUGAAGAAGGUGAAGAAGCGGAUGAGGAAGGGGAAGAAGAAGGAGAUGAGGAAAAUGAUCCAAACUAUGACCCAAAGAAGGAUCAAAACCCAGCAGAGUGCAAGCAGCAGUGAAGCAGGAUGUAUGUGGCCUUGAGGAUAACCUGCACUGUAAUAGCCUAAACACAACUCUUAUUUACUUACAGCCUUAUGUUUUUGUAUUUUCUUGGUAGACUCAGAAGUUUUUUUUAAAGGAAAGGAACUGAUAUUUUAAAGACCAAAUUUGUUCUACUUAACAUUUUAACUAGUUUUUCUGCCAGCUGCAUCGAAUGCACAGAAUCUCUCACGCAUGUUCGUCCGUUGCUAUAUAGUUUGGUUCUUCUUGGAGUAUUUUUAUCGUGUAACUGUUAGAUUAAAGCUAUGAAAAUGAACAGAACUGUGAAAUGAACUAGAUUUUUUUGUCUUGCUAAGUUUUUUUCCUGAAGAACCAAAGUAUUUUUUCAGCUGGUUGAAUGGGUUUAAGUUUGCUUGCAAGAGCUGUGCCUUUCAUUACUUUGUUACAGAAAUACAAUGAGUUACAUUAAGACAAUUCAUCAUUUAAAAAGCAAAACUUGUCAAGUAAAGUAUAUGGUUAAGAAUUUCCAGUAAGACUACACCUGAUAAUUUAGAUUAACAGGUUUUUGUAUGUCAGGUGACAUUAGUUACUAUAAGAAAAGCUUAUUAACUAAUAGUGUGGUUGUUGGUUAUCAUAGGGAGGUGAAUAAAACCUAGUAUUUUCAGAAAAAAAAAAAA